AUGGAGGUCUGCAGAGCCACUGCUUUCUCAUGGACUCACACCAUCUCCACCUCCCUCCACGUUUCUCUGCCCCCCUCUAAGUGGGAGACUAAGAGAUUCACUGUCUGGUGUGCCUCUGACCAAACCCAGAAGGCAAAUCAGAUGACUGUAUCAGUAACAGGAGCUACGGGGUUUAUCGGUAGAAGAUUGGUGCAAAGGCUGCAUGCAGAUAAUCACAGUGUGCAUGUCUUGACACGGUCUAGAUCAAAGGCUGAGUUAAUUUUUCCGGUCAAGGACUUUCCAGGAAUCGUGAUUGCAGAGGAGCCAGAGUGGAAAGAUAGCAUUCGAGGUUCAACAGGUGUUGUAAAUUUGGCUGGACUGCCCAUUAGUACAAGAUGGACUUCUGAGAUAAAGAAAGAGAUCAAGCAGAGCAGGAUUAGAGUCACCUCUAAGGUCAUAGAUUUAAUAAAUGAUUUACCAGAUGCAGUCCGACCUUCAGUCUUGGUUAGCGCAACAGCCGUUGGUUACUAUGGUACUAGUGAGACACGCAUAUUUGAUGAACAGAGUCCAUCAGGAAAUGAUUACUUGGCUGAGGUUUGUAGAGAAUGGGAAGGAACUGCCCUCAAAGUAAACCAGGAUGUUCGGUUAGUGCUCAUUCGUAUUGGUGUUGUUCUUGGUAAAGAUGGAGGAGCUUUAGCUAAAAUGAUCCCUCUGUUCAUGGUAUUUGCUGGUGGACCCUUGGGCUCUGGAAAACAAUGGUUUUCCUGGAUUCAUCUGGAUGACAUAGUGAACCUGAUAUAUGAAGCUCUGACUAAUCCAUCUUAUAAAGGAGUUAUCAAUGGAACUGCACCAAACCCUGUUCGAUUUGCAGAAAUGUGUCAACAUUUGGGAAAGGUCUUGGGUAGGCCUUCAUGGCUGCCUGUGCCUGACUUCGCCUUGAAAGCAGUCCUUGGAGAAGGUGCUGCAGUGGUGCUGGAUGGGCAAAGGGUGCUACCACUUAAAGCGCAAGAGUUGGGAUUUUCCUUCAAAUACUCUUAUAUCAAAGAUGCAUUAAAAUCGAUUAUGACAUAAAGUCAUAAACAAUGUAAAUGUGGUAGAGGAAACAAAGCAGUUCUCUUUUUCUUUUUCAUCCCUUCUUUCAAAAUUAAGAUUACAGAAACAGUAAUAAUAUUUUUUUGGUGAAAGAACAAGUGAUGUUGUGUCACAGAAAAAGUAUGUGAUUCUUUGCUCUUUAGAUUGUUGGUUCCCUCCAAAUAUGUGGGAGCCUAGAAACAUAGUUGCAACUUGCAAGAAUACUGUACCAGACUGAUAACUUAGCAGUUUCAUCCAACAGACUUGCUUCAUUUGCUUUAUUGCCGAGAUCUUUACUUUUUAUCUG